AUGAACAGAUCUUUUUCGGAAGUUGUCAAAUCUGAAGUUGAUAGAAGUGUGCAAGCAAUCAAUGAUGAUGUGAAAAGUGUUCAAAUAACGCUGAACAAGGUUGUCGAGGCAAAGGAGAGUGAAGCCAACAUGAUGCUAUUCGGAUUGAAGGAAGUUUUUGGUCUUAUAAGUGUCUUGAAGGUGAUACGAUUAGGAAAGAAAAGUGACAAAAUUGUCAAACCAAUUCUCCUCAAAUUUGACGUUGCAAAAAUUAAAGAACUCAUCUUCAAAAACAUAAGUAGGAUGAAAACUUUAGAUGACAGUUUGAAAAAUAUUCGGUUUAGUCAUGACCUGAUAAUUCAACAAAGGAGCGACUUGCAAAAAUUGCUUGAUGAUGCCAAGAGAAUAGAGGAGAGUUGCAAAGAGGGUUUUUUAUAUUGA